UUGUUGACUCAUCUGUCAAAAGACGUUAACUCCCUGAAGUGGUCCCGUAGAAGUGAUCGUUGUAAACGAAAUACGUGUUUUAAUUUUGUUCUUGAAAAAUGACGGAUCUUUUAUCGAUACCGUUAAAGAAGCCUUCAGAAGUAGAUGUGGUAAAACCGUUAAAGAAUUUGAUACAGUCGAGGUACAGUACGGCCGAUAAACCUCAAGAUUACAGCGAGGCUAUUAACGAAUUCGCAAAAUUACGCACAACGGGGAUAUGGAAGGCGUUUGAAAAAUACGAGAGUUCAUUAGAGGUGGUUUAUAGUUAUUAUGAUCAAUUGGUUGCCUUGGAACAAAAAAUUCCACCCCAGGAGGUCCAGAUUCCAUUCAAAUGGAAGGACGCUUUCGAUAAGGGUUCUAUUUUUGGGUCUCGAUCCAGUUUAACAAUUCCAUCAUUAAGUUUCGAAAAACUUUGUGUUUUAUUUAAUAUUUCCGCUUUGCAAAGUAAUGUAGCUGCUGCACAAAACUUGGAUAAUGACGACGGUUUAAAAUUAGCUGCAAAAUUACUUCAACAAGCCGCUGGGAAUUUCGAUCAUUUAAAAAGUACAGUUAUGUUAAAUAUCCAACAAGAACCCACUUCUGAUUUAUUACCGGAUACUUUACAAGCUUUAUCUGGAUUAAUGUUAGCUCAAGCGCAAGAAAUUUUUGUCCACAAAGCUAUACAUGAUUCAAUGAAAGAUGCUGUAACUGCAAAAUUGGCUCAACAAUGUGAUGAAUUAUACGCUGAUUGUUUAAAAGUGUUUCAAAGAGAUAAUUUAAAGGGAAUUUGGGAUAAAGAUUGGAUUCCAACGAUUGCUGGAAAACAAGCUGUUAUGCGUGGUUUAGCUACUUUUUAUCAAAGUUUAGUGUGUAAAGCAAAUAAAGCUGUUGGUCAAGAAAUUGCUUGGUUACAACAUUCUGUUGAAUCGUUUAAAGCAAGUCAAGAACGUUCCGGGAAGCAAUUCUUCCAAGACGUCUAUGUAAAAGUUCAGAGAAACUUAGCGGAAGCUCACAAAGAUAAUAAUUUCAUUUAUCACGAACGUAUCCCGGACGUGAAGUCUUUAGAUCCCAUUGGAAAAGCUGUUCUAGCUAAAAUUAUUCCUGUUAGUUACCCAAUGAGCCAACAUUUUAAAGAUUUAUUUUCCGAAUUAGUCCCGGUCGUUGUUCAUCAAGCUUUAGCCGCUUAUGAUUUACGCAAAUCGGAGAUUGUAAGCAGUGAAAUUUCGAAAUUGCGGGAAUCAACGCAGGUUUUAAAUAGCGCAUUAGCUUCGUUAAAUCUUCCUGCAGCUAUUGAGGUGACUUCCGGCGGAGGAUUACCACCAAGUUUAAUUGAAAAGGCUGAUAGUGUGAAACAGGAUGGUGGUAUUGUCGCUUUACAACAAUUAAUUAGCGAUUUACCGGAUUUGUUGAAAAGAAAUGAAGAUAUUUUAGAUGAGUCUGAUAGGAUGUUAAAUGAAGAGAAGCAAUCUGACGAUGCUUUAAGGGCGCAAUUUAAGGAUCGGUGGAAUAGAACUCCUUCAGAAAAACUGACUGAUAUGUUCCGAUCAAAUUCCGCUAAGUAUCGACAAAUUAUUAACAAUGCUAUUGAUGCUGAUAAAAUAGUAAGAGAAAAAUUUGAAACAAAUAAAGAAGGUAUUAUAAAUUUAAGUAAAUCUACGAGUGAAUUAGAAUCGAUUGUCCCCUCUGGAAAUGGAAAUUCAAUCGGAAAUAGUUCCGCUGUUAGUACUUUACGAGAAUUAAUGCAGGAAGUGGAUACAAUUAAAGCCGAAAGGGAUACAAUUGAAUAUGAACUAACAAACGCGACAUUAGAUAUGAAAGAUAAAUUUAUGUCCUCAUUAGCGAACGAUGGGGCAGUAAACGAGCCGGUUCUUUCAGUUGAGAUGUUAGGAAAAACGUUUGGACCUUUGCAAAAACAAGUUAAAGAAAGCGUUGAAAAACAAGAAUUGCUUUUAGAAAAGAUUCAAUCGGCAAACAACGAAUUUGUUCGAGAAAGGGGUUCAACAUCUGGAGACCGUGAAAGAAUCAUGUCUCAAUUAGCUGCGGGAUAUGAUGCGUUUAAAGAAAUUCAAAAUAAUUUAAAAGAAGGGACUAAAUUUUAUAAUGAUUUAACUCAAAUUUUAUUGGCCGCUCAAAAUAAGAUUUCCGAUUAUUGUUUUGCUCGGAAAACGGAAAAGGAGGAGUUAUUAAAAGAUUUAACUCAAGAAAGAAGCAGACAAGGUCCCGCUGUUACUCCGCAACAACCGAGUUACCAUGGUACACUUCCUCCACAACCAACACCUUCAACACCAUCUCCAGCUCCCUCUUCGGUGCCUCCAAAUCCAGUUCCUUCGAAUUUACCUUAUCCGGUUUAUGUUCAAGGAAUGCCUAUUCCAUAUGGGGCUUCAAGUUCAGCUCCUUAUCCAUCGUAUGCAGCUCCAGCACCUAUGCCUUCGAGUUAUAAUCCAUAUGGAACUAUGCCAUAUCCAGCUUCUUAUAAUUACGGUGGUGGUUUUCCGGGUUAUCCUCAACAACAACAGCAACAACAAGGGGGUUUCCCUCAAGGAUAUCCUCAACAACCUCCCCCUCAAGGCGGCUAUCAACAGCAACCACCAAAUUCUGGGUGGUAAAUGACAUGUUAAAAAUUAAUUAAAAAUGGAAUUAUGGAGAUUUAUUGAUAAAGUAAUUUUAUUGUUAAAUUUAGUUGUUAAUUAAUUAUAUCAGAUAAGAAAAGUGAUAGAUUUUAAAGAUUCUUUUUUAAAUUUAUUAAUACCAAUUAAUUUAGAAAACUAACUAUGUUAUAUUUGCAAAUUUUUGUAUUUCAAAUUAAGAAAGGAUAUUCUUAUAUGCCUUUUUAUGUAUAACCGUGCUGAAUAAAGUAGAUCUUAAUUUUUAACUCAAA